AUGGCUCAAGCUGGAAUAACGAUGCUGGAGGAAAUUGGAACAAUAGUUUCAAUUCUCAGAACAAGCAAGGUAGCAGUAGUCAAGGAAGUGCACAAAGGCAAACCUAGAUGUGGAAAAUGUAAUAGGUUUGGUCAUACUACAAAAGACUGUGAAGGCAACAAGCAGGUGGCUAACUGUGCAAAGGAGGAAGAGGUAAUCACAGGCACCAUGUUCUAUGCUUGCCACUCUGCAAGUGUGAAAAAUGGAAGUGUAUGGACUGCGACUUGCAAAGUUAAAAUGGGCACUGGAGAUCUUGUACAAGCAACUGGAAAAGGCACUCUAGUAGUUGAAACUCAACAUGGGAGAAGCCUCAACAAUGUUGUAGCUAAAGUGGUCAUGGGAGGAAAUAGAUGCUUCCCUCUCUCACUAGAAUCGAUGACACCUGCAGCUAGAAAAGCAUCAGUGACUGAAGAUUCUUGGAUCUGGCAUAGAAGACUUGGACAUUUGAAUUUUGUUAGCAUGAAAAAAAUGCAGCAAAUGGAAAUGGUGGCUGGACUACCUGUGUUAACCAAAAUGAAGGAUGUGUGUGAAGGUUGUGUUUCAGGAAAACAUCACAGAGAGAAGUUUGACAAAGAGGGAGCAUGGAGAGCAAGCUGUCCACUGGAAUUAGUGCACACAGACUUGUGUGGACCAAUGCAAAAUGAGUCAAUUGGUGGAAAUAGAAACAAAUAUGAUACCUUUAAUGUGUUCAAGAAAUUCAAAGCCUUUGUUGAAUUGCAAAGUGGAUUUAGUUUGAAAAAACUAAGGAGUGAUAAAGGUGGUGAAUAUACCUCACAUGAGUUUCAAGAAUUCUAUGCAAGCAUGGGAAUGGAGAGGCAAUUAACCAUUGCCUACUCUCCUUAG